GCAAACUCAGUAUAAAUUGACUCGUUGCUUUAGAAACACAGCUGUAACAUUUCAGAGUAAAAAUAAAAUAAUAUACUUUGAUGCAGUUUGUUGUGUUUUGUUGUUGAAUAGUGCAUUUAAAAAUGGCGGAGGGUUUAGAUUUGACAUAUUUUGAUUUACGAAUUGUUCAUGAUCAUUUUGAUCGUGCACUGAUUGAAGAAGAUGAUGUCAACGUUGCAGCAUAUCUCGAGGCUUACAAUGAAUUAUACAAGUUUUUUCAAUUAAUGGGUAGUGUGUUUACCUUUGUGUCAUCUGAUUUAAAACUUAAAAUAGACAUUCUAAGUGGAUUAUUAGAAAAAGAAGAAAAAUAUCAAACAGUUAAAUCACUGAUUGAGUUUGAAAGAGAAAAUAAUUUGUUGGAAAAAUCAGAACACACAACUGGUGCUAGAACACUCUUACGUCUUCAUCGUGGUCUUGAUUUCAUCAGAGAAUUUUUAAGACAACUUGGUGAACUUUCUGCCACUGAUAAAACAUCAAGCUGUUGUCAAAAUGCCUACAGCAAAACUUUGGCUAAACAUCAUUCCUGGGUUAUUCGUAAAGCAGCUGUUGUUGCAAUGUACACAAUGCCAACAAGAGAAGUAUUAUUUAAAAAGGUGUCUGGAGAACAUGUACAACGUAAUGUAGAUAUGUUACCAAAAAUGUUGGAGGUGACUGCCGACGUAUUUAAUCGUAUGCGUACUAUUUACGAACUCCAUCGACUUCAUGAAUUACCAUAAUGAAAUUAAUUAUUUUUUAAUAUUAAUGGCAGACUUAUAUGAUUUGUUUUUCUGUUUUAUUUUUUUUAAUAUUUUAUUUUGCUCAAUAUUAAUUUUUAUUUGUUUAAAAAAUAUACAUAUAUAUUUACACUCCAAAAUAAGUAUUUUAAUGACACAACAGGGUUUAAAAAUUCAACUCGAAUUCAGUUAUUUUACUUUUAUAAAAAUGAUAGAUAAAAAAGUAAAAUGUAUUUAGCCAUUUUUAUUAACUUUUAUUGUACAAUUAUCAUCGUUUUAUUUUUGUUUUUAAUAUGUUAUUAAAAUUUGUUUUCAAAUUUUCUUUAUUAGUUUUUUGUGUAUACAAGCUUCAGAAAAAAAAAAUACACUGCAGGAAAUAAUAUAUAAGGAUAUUUUUGUAUUAUUAAUUCAACUUGUCAAAUAGUUAAUAAUAAAACAAAAAAAAACAUCAGCUAAUAUAAUAGAAGAUAAUAGAAAAAUUAUAACGUUUUUAAAACAACACAAAAUAUUGAUUAAAGUUAAUUUAAAAAUUCAUAAAUUGUCAAGCUGGUUUUCGUUGUUUUGUUAGUUUAAAAAAAUCACCUGUCAAGAUAAAGUCAUCAAGGUCAUAAUGGUGAAUAAUUUCUUGAAAAUAAAAGUAUUUUUAAGUCGAAUUAAUCAUUGUAGAAAUGAUACAAGUAUGAGGUGACACAUGAACAAUUAUUAAAUGACUAUUUCAAAUUAUGACGACAGUACUUGACUAUUUAUUUUUUUUAAAUUACUUUAAUCAUACAUCUUGGAUACAUUUAAUAGUAAAUUAAUUAGUCAUUGUAAUGUUUAUAUUAUUUUUUGUAUUUAAUAUAUAUUAUUAAUAAAUACUACAAUUAAUUUAUUUUUUGUUUAUAAAAAGCUUCUUGCUUAUUCUUAAGUUUGUGUGAUUUGAUGGAUCAAUGUCAAUUUAAGGAAUUGCAUAGCACUUUGAAACACAAGGCCAUUUGUGAUCACAUAUUUCUGGAUUACUUUGGCAUUCUGUUGGCUCAUCUCCCAAAGUUGCAUUUGGUUUAUUUGAGGUAUAACACCAGUCAUAUGCCACAAUACGAAAUCCACUACAAUGUUUCCAGCAUAAACUUUUUCCAUCAAUUCUAUUGAUAAUUCCACCACCACAGUAAUAUUUUCCAGCUAAUAAUUGGUUCACGUUUAAAAUUAAAAUAGUUACUAAAAAAAAUAAUUGUAUUUUCAUUGUGAAUAUAUUUUUUAUCUUUUUGUCUUUUUGUUUAUUAUAUACAAUU